AUGAUAUUCUGUUUGCUGGAAGUCAUUAGGUUUUCCAGCAGGAUUCCGCUCCACCUCACAAGGCCUGGUCAACACAGCAGUGGCUGCAAAAGAACAUUCCAGAGUUCAUCCCUGCCUCGGAUUGAUGGAAGCCCUGAUCUCAAUCCACUAGAUUAUCAGCUUUGGUCCAAACUGGAGAGGAUGGCAUGCCACAGAGCACACCUUAACUUGGAAAGCCUCAAGCAAUCUCUGGUCUGA